GCCUGAAAUACCCACUUCUGAACCCACGGUCCCCGAGGUUGAGGAACCAGCCGUUGAAGAAUCACCUGACUCUACGUCCGUCAUCGAAGAGAAGACCCCUGAAGAGCCAAUUACUGAUAUUUCAGAGUCUGUAGGCGGGGAGGAAAUCAACGAGAAGGAAGAGAAGACUGAGGCCCUUGCUAGUGCUGCAGAGCCUACCCCAGCUACAGAACCUGCUCCGGCAGUGGAGCCAGCUUCAUCUACAGAACUUGCUCCAGUUUCAGAAACUGUUACGGCUAUCGAACCAGCUCUCAAGGCUGUAACUCCUGUCGGCGCUCCAGGAUUGAAGCCCAAGUCUGUUUCUCAACCUCGUCGCUUGAAUCAGGAUGCUCCUGUAGUUAUGCCUAGUGGGUCGUCAGCAUUGCAAAGCGUUGGCGUUAAAUUCGGCAGCUUCUCCUUGAACGAUGAUACGGAACCUGAGCCUAAGACUUCCCCUACUCAGCCUAUUCAACCUGCUCAACCUGAGCAACCUACUCAGCAGACCGCCUCUGCCAAUGCCCAGACCACACCUCAGCCCCAACAAGCCCAGCAACAGCCUCAGCAACAAUUCCAGCAAACCCAACAGCAGCCUCAGCAGCAACAGCAACCUCAUCAACAGCCUGCUGCCUAUGGUCGCCAGCCUAACGUUCCUUCAGGAGCUUCUGGAUACCAAGGAAUCACUCCUGCUGUUGGCGGUCUCUCACCUGCUGCUACUAAUGUAUCAUACUUGAAGGAUCCUAGUGCCACCUACCUUGGCCAACAUCAUCACCAUCCUAUGGGUCAUGACGCUAUGGGAUCACCCUAUGGCUCAUACAUGCCUAAUCCUGCUAGCCAGCUUGGCUCCUUUGGUAUGGGACCAAUGGCAUCACUUCCUAAUGACUAUGCUGCGAUUUAUAGCAAUGACCUUCAGAGGGCCAUGUACUACGAUCCGAGCUAUGGCCAGAUCCCAGUGACAGCAGCUAACAAUUACCAGUCACGCGACUCCAAAUACAAUCAAGAGUCAACCUCUACUGUUAGCAGUACUGGAGCACCUAACUCUGGUAGCACCCAGGCUCAACAAUCUCUCCAGCAACAACAGCAACAGCAACAAGCUUAUCCUAGCAUGCCUUACUAUCCUUAUUACUACAUGGCUCCUAAUCAGUUCCCUAACUACCAACAGUCAGGAUAUGGCCAACCUUUUGUUAAUAAGAAUAUGUACCCCAUGUAUCAGCACCAGCAGCAGCAACAACACACCAACAAGCCUGGCGCAACUAAUAGUUCUCCCUAUGGGAAUUACGGUUCAACUGCCGGUCAGGGACACCACCAAUACUCUCAAGCUGGAUAUGAGGACAUGUCUGGUGCUGGCGUUCAUGGCAUGGGUGGUCUUAAUGAUCCUUAUGCCAAGUACGUCAAUCCUGGUAUGCAGAAUUUUUUGAGCAAUCAGCAGCAGCAGCAGCCUGGCACACCUACAUCUAAUGCCAACAGCACCAAGAGCAAUGCCUCUAAUAACUAUGGCUCUGGAUCGGACAAAAAUGCAAUCGCUGGAUCUCAGUCAUCGAACGCUGGGCAAAUGGCUAGUGGCACUUCGCUCCAAGGCCAGCCUGGUCCUGGUAAUGCUAAUCAGAAUCAGCAAGGUUAUUACCAGCAACAAAUGUUUUCAAACUAUCAGUAUCCUAGCCAUCACCAAAGCUAUCAUCCCAAUCAGCAUCAGGGACAGCAUCAGGGGACUGGUCGAAAUCAACAGCAGUUCUGGGGGUCACAAAACUGAAAGCAAAAGAGAAUAAAAAAAGAAAAAAGAAAAAAGAGGAUGCUCGAGGGAGAGAUGAAAAAGAAAUGAUUUUAAUGAGAGAAGGAAACUUACAGUUCUUUUACCCGUCCCUUCCCAUUCCUUUUUUUGUUCUAUUAUCUUUUUCUGUUAGUUUUUUAGUACAAUUGGUUUACUUUUAUCAUGCCUUGC